AACACGCAUGCGUGGUGGACGAAUGAGGAAGUUAAGCACUUGAUGCCAGCAGAGAGUUUACUGAGUUUGGGAGUGCAAACAGGAGGGGGAAAAGAGCCCUGAAUCUGUUGGAUAUACCCUUCUAUGCUUAUGGUAUGUGUUGUUCAUGGAGCUUCCCAGGCAAAGGUUAUGUUUCACACUAUGUGCAGACUGUCUGUAUUUACAGAAGAUAUUUAAAACCAAACAGACUUUUUUGCAAAAUUUUGAUUCCAGUGGAAUCUGUGCUUUAGAUUUUUGUCUCGUCAAUUAACUCCUGAAGCAAUGCCUGUACAAGCUCCACAAUGGACGGAUUUUCUCUCCUGCCCGAUUUGCACACAGACUUUCGACGAAACUAUCCGGAAGCCCAUCAGCUUGGGUUGUGGCCACACUGUCUGCAAGAUGUGCCUCAACAAGCUCCACCGUAAGGCAUGUCCCUUUGACCAGACCACUAUCAACACAGACAUUGAACUCCUUCCUGUGAACUCAGCCUUGCUGCAACUUGUGGGUGCUCAGGUUCCUGAGCAGCAGCCAAUUACUUUACGCAGUGGAGCUGAAGAUACUAAGCAUUAUGAGGAAGGCAAGAAAUGUGUGGAAGAACUGGCAUUGUACCUCAAACCACUCAGCAGUGCAAGAGGUGUGGGUCUUAACAGUACUACUCAGAGUGUGCUGAGUCGUCCCAUGCAGAGGAAACUUGUGACAUUAGUCCAUUGCCAGCUGGUGGAGGAGGAAGGGCGGAUCAGAGCCAUGCGUGCAGCACGGUCACUGGGUGAAAGAACAGUCACAGAGCUCAUUCUUCAGCAUCAAAACCCUCAGCAGCUUUCCUCCAACCUCUGGGCUGCAGUGAGAGCCAGAGGGUGCCAGUUCCUUGGGCCAGCAAUGCAAGAGGAGGCUUUAAAGCUAGUUCUGCUGGCUUUGGAAGAUGGAUCUGCUCUGUCACGAAAGGUCUUGGUUCUCUUUGUGGUGCAAAGACUGGAGCCGCGAUUCCCUCAGGCUUCCAAAACUAGCAUUGGGCAUGUUGUCCAGCUCCUUUACAGAGCCUCAUGCUUCAAGGUGACCAAGCGAGAUGAAGAUUCUUCCCUGAUGCAACUGAAGGAGGAAUUUCGGACUUAUGAAGCUCUGAGAAGGGAACAUGAUUCCCAGAUAGUUCAAAUAGCUAUGGAAGCAGGUUUGCGCAUUGCACCAGACCAGUGGUCCUCUCUGUUAUAUGGAGACCAGUCUCACAAAUCCCACAUGCAGAGUAUCAUCGACAAGACCCCAGCCUCAUUUGCACAGAGUGUUCAGGAAUUAACUAUUGCUCUUCAGAGGACCGGAGAUCCAGCUAACUUGAAUCGUCUUCGACCUCACCUAGAGCUUCUAGCAAAUAUUGAUCCAAGUCCAGAUGCUCCACCUCCAACAUGGGAACAACUGGAAAAUGGGCUAGUUGCUGUGAGGACUGUAGUUCAUGGCUUAGUUGAUUAUAUCCAGAAUCACAGCAAAAAAGGAACAGAUCAACAACAGCCCCCUCAGCACAGCAAGUACAAGACAUAUAUGUGCCGAGACAUGAAGCAGAGAGGAGGAUGUCCGCGGGGGGCCAGCUGCACCUUCGCACACUCACAGGAGGAGCUGGAAAAAUUCCGUAAAAUGAACAAGCGUCUCGUUCCCAGAAGACCCCUUAGUGCUUCCCUGGGCCAGCUGAAUGAGGUGGGCCUGCCUUCAGGAGCUAUCCUCUCAGAGGAAGGGGGAGUGGACUUGCCCAAUAGGAAAACUUCUGCUCUGCCAAAUGGAAUUGUGUCAACAGGCAGCACAGUGACGCAACUAAUUUCUCGAGGGACUGACUCCAGUUAUGAAACUGCCCUGAAACCAGGGAAGAUGGACCAUCUGAGUAGCAGUGCCCCUGGAUCCCCUCCUGACUUGCUGGAAUCUGUUCCCAAGAGCUCUAUUUCUGCCUUGCCAGUGAACCCUCAUCCUGUUCCUGCUCGGGUGCCAGCAGAUCUGCCCUCGGUGUCUGUCACCAAGCAGUUGCAGAUGGUACCACGAGGGUCUCAGUUGUACAGUGCACAGCAAGCAGAUAUAUUUUAUCAAGACCCCAGAGGGGCCGCCCCAUCGUUUGAGCCAGCACCCUACCAACAAGGAGUGUACUAUCCCACUCAGUCCAUGUCUCGCUUUGUCCGACCUCCUCCAUCAGCAACCGAACCAGGUAUACCAUACUUGGAGCACUACGGGCCAUAUUUGCCAGAGCGUGUGGUAAGCCCACAGUACCCACAGCCACAGGGGUACCCGACCCUGGCGCAGCCCAUGUACCCACCGCACUACGACAGCCGCCGCGUGUACCCCCCCGUGCAGCCCUACCAGCGGGAGGAUGUGGUGCGGGGCAGCCCAGUGCCCAUCGACAUACCACAAGCAGCUGUGCCCCUCUACGUACCUGAGUCCAGAGACAGAUACCAGCAAACAGAGGCUUAUUGCGCAGUGGCUCCACAUCUUGGUCAGAUCAGACCUUCGUGCCACAGGCCUCAUCCCAGCCUGGAUGAACUUCACCGACGAAGGAAAGAGAUCAUGGCCCAGCUGGAGGAGAGGAAGGUGAUUUCUCCACCUCCUUUUGCACCAUCACCAACCUUGCCUCAUCCUUUUCACCCAGAGGAGAUUUUUGUUUUUGUACAGUACUUGGAUGAAGACCUGAAGGUAGCUGGGAAAUACAAAGGGAAUGACUACAGCCAGUACUCUCCCUGGUCCUGUGACACCAUCGGCUCCUACAUUGGAACCAAAGAUGCAAAACCCAAAGAUGUUGUGGCAGCAAGAAGUGUGGAGAUGGCGAAUGUGGAUAGUAAAGCCAUGCGUGAGCAGCGACUGGACAUGCAGCGACGAGCAGCUGAGACAGGGGACGAUGACCUCAUUCCAUUUGGAGACCGACCUACCGUGUCAAGAUUUGGGGCCAUCUCUCGUACUUCCAAAGCCGUGUACCAGAACUCUGGGCCCAUGCAGGCCCUGGCAGUUCAGGGAGCUGCCACCAAAUCCAUCAUUUCAGACUACAGUCCUUACGAAACCCACAGUGGCUGGGGAGGCUCUCCAUAUUCUCCUCAUCAAAAUAUACCUUCUCAGGGUCGUUUCAAUGACAGGGAGAGACUGUCCAUGUCAGAUGUGGCUGGUCAUGGGAAGCAGUUGCCCUCAGCUGAACGAGAGCAGCAGCUACGCAUGGAACUGCAGCAAGUUGACCAUCAGAUCAGCCAGCAGACACAAAUGCGGGGACUGGAGGCUGUUAGUAACAGGCUGCUGUUGCAGAGAGAGGUGACUACCCUGGCAGGCCAACCACAACCCCCACCCCCACCUCCCAAGUGGCCUGGGAUGAUCUCAAGUGAGCAGCUGAGCUUGGAACUGCACCAGGUGGAAAGGGAAAUUGGGAAGCGAACCCGUGAGCUGAGCAUGGAGAGCCAGUCUUCACUGGAUAUGAAAAACAAGCUGGGCACUGCUAAACAGACAGAAAAUGGACAAUUAGAACCACAAAACAAGGUUCCAGCUGAGGACCUUACACUGACAUUCAGCAGUGAUGUUCCGAAUGGAUCAGCUUUGACCCAAGACAACAUUGGCCUCCUGUCAAACAAUAUGGCAUCUCUCAGCCUGUCGGAGGACCCUAAGGGAGGAGGAGAUGGCCAUGACUCCCAGCGAGUGGGAGUGACACCCACAUCUGCUCCAUGAAGCAAGACCAGCACACCCUGGAGUUCCUUCUGCUAGGGUGUCGGCAGCUUCCAUUUUGUAUUUUUUUUCCAGGGAUGGUUGGGGAAACCCAGGAGCAGCAGCAGUAGCAGAGCAGCAGGUCCAGAGUCAAUGUGCACAAACACAACUACUAGAAACAAAUCCUGCACAUAGUUCACAUUAACGCAUUUUUUAAUUAAAAAAAUGAAAAUUAGCAGUAUCUGCAAGCAAUUCAAAUUAAAUUUGUUUUUGUUCUGUGAAUGAACUUUAUUUUAAUAACUUUGGACGCCUUGAAUCCCAGGGCUUAAAAAAAAGAUAUUAUAUAUAUACUCUGUUUGAUUAAUUGUAUGAUCUUAAUGAAGUAGGUUUUUUCUUAUAUUUUGGUGUUAUUACAUACCCAGUGCAUAAUUCCUUAUUACCUUACUAAAACAAUUUAGCCACUUCCUUGUAGGAGUUAAGGGUGAGCAAGGAAUGAGGGUUGGAGAGUAGCUGUGAAUUGCAGUGUCAACAGAUGUGCAGCAAACUUCAUGCUUAACACAAUUCCUCCUAUUGUGGCCAGGAACUUAACCUGAGCUUCUUGAUUAAAUUGCUGAAUUUAAAAUACAAAUGACAGUCUUUGCAAAGGUGUGGUCCUUUUUAAAGGCUGGCAUUGUUUAAGGUCUUUGUAUAUUAGAAUCUGACACCUGAGUAUCUCAAAUCUGCAGUUUGUUAGGGCUGAAGUGAAUCCACUCUGGAUUCCUGUUUCAUGGGGGAAGAAUUGCACCAAAGUAACCAUUGAGGGUGCAGCACAGAUCUUACCAGAAGUACUGAGAAGCAAAUUUUGCCUGAUAGAUCUGAUACUUCUGUAAGUAGAUGCUUUGUAGGCAUAACCCGGAGAAGCCAUGCCUUUUGAUUAUUUUUGAAUUAAAAGAUUUUGUUCUUGCUGCACAUUUUUUUACUUUUUUGGCCUACACUAAGGUAAGAUCCUGGAUAUGAAGACCUCUUGAGAAUGAUUUUUCAAGUGCUGCUCCCUCUCUACCUUCUUGGCCUGUGCUCAUUUUUUCUUUCUGGGUUAGACUACUAAGUGGGAAAGCACUGGUUAUGUAAUAAAUUGCUGCAUUGCUUUGGUUGGGUAAAGCAAGAGUUAAUAAAUUUUCUUGGAUUUUAGUUUUUUUUUCUUAACUUUAACUCCUGCUGAGGUUAUAGCAACCUUGGGCUUAAGCUUUGCAUUCAUCAUAUUGUUAAAUAGAACAAAAGGGGGGUGGGAGGGGAUACAGUCUCACUAUUGCCUACCAGUAGGAGAGUCCAAACAGAAGACUCUUUUGAGUAGCAAUUAUUUAAUUUGCCCAGUCAAGGCACCGCAUUUAUAUACUAUUUCACAUUGAAUUUGAUUGUGCCCUACAGACCUGGCUGGUCAAGGAUUUGAUACACAUAUUGGCUUGGGAUUCGAGCUUUCUUUUUUAUUUAAAUAAAAAUUUAUAUAUAAAUAUAUAUAUACACAUAUACAUAGUUAUAUCUGUAUAUAUAUUGGGUAUGUUUUAAGAAUUUUUUCGCAUGAGCGCAGCUGUUGUGAUCAAAUGUUUGGGAGGUAGAAGCACUGAAUGAAAAUAAAAGCAUUUUUCACCACACCCCCCUC